UCCAGAGAUAGCGACAACUUCUAUUAUGAUUUGUAUGGCAUUGCUGUGUUUACAUUCUAAAAAAGAAGAGCAUUUGAUCUCCUAGGCAAUCUUGGGUACAGCAAAUUAUUCAUAAGAAAUGGAUUUAAGAUUGCGAGGGCCGUCGCACCAUCCUUGAGAACCAAUCUAGAUCCUGAACUGGAUGUAGUUGAUUGAUUCAACCUGUGUAUACUUAUUGUUUUGUGCAUGUGCAAGUUGCAACUGGCUCUUUUGUGUUGAAACUGGAGAAAACAAAUGGGUUCCAAGUUGAGUUGAGGUCCGUCUUUCCACAAUUCUGCAUUCAUUUCGCUUAGCUUCAUCAGCUCAGCUGGUCAAACAAAGGCCGCUCCCUCUGUUCUGUUCCACGACUCCCCUCAAAGAACACGUCAUGCACUCCUCUGAAAGUAUUAUCCACUAGCUCCCUUCAGCUCUGUAAAUAAAUUGUAGAUUUGCAUGUCCUCCACAGUUAAAAGAAGAAGAAGAAGAAGAAGAAGAAACAAUAGACGAUGAAGACUGCAGUGUUCCUAGCACUUUCUUUCCUUCUCUGUGCCAAUGCUGCACCUGAUCCAGUGCUCGAUAUCUCCGGCAAAAAGCUCCGCACCGGCACUGGCUAUUACAUUCUGCCGGUUUUCUUGGGUCGAGGGGUUGGCCUAACUCUUGCUAGCACUGGCAACGAAACCUGCCCGCUUGAUGUUGUUCAAGAGCAGCUGGAGGUCUCAGACGGUCUCCCAGUAACAUUUUCACCUGUUAACAUCAAGAAAGGUGUUGUUCGUGUUUCCACCGAUCAAAACAUCAAGUUUUCCGCUGCUACAAUUUGUGUCCAAUCCACGGUCUGGAAGCUCGACAGUUUCGAUGAUUCAACACAGCAAUGGUUCGUGACGACCGGUGGGGUCGAAGGCAACCCCGGUCGUGAAACCAUUGACAAUUGGUUUAAGAUUGAAAAGUACGAAGAUGAUUACAAGCUUGUUUUCUGCACAACGGUGUGCGAUUUCUGCAAAGUCAUGUGUAGGGAUGUGGGUGUUUUCAUUGAUGGUGGAGUUAGGCGUCUGGCUCUUAGCGAUGUGCCCUUCAAGGUUAUGUUUAAGAGCGCCUGAACCUUUGUUCUUCCCUGAUAUACCGCCCAAAUCCUUCUCAGUUUUCAAUUUUAACAUUGUUUACUUGAGAUAUAUAUAUAUAUAUAUAUAUAUGGUAAUAAAAUUCCAAUAAUGUAAUACUUAGGAAAAAGGUAAUAGCAUCACAUGCUAUCUGCUGUAUGCUUGUAAACUUGGAAGUAAAUUGAAAUAUUUGCUCACAUUUAAUGCUUUUCCAUUCA